GGCCAGACUAUGCUCUUGUCGCCGACUCAACCGAUGGAAUGAGCUCCAUACCUGCCUCAUCCAUCUCUGCCCACCCGCCCUCAGUCUUGGCUGAGCGGCGGAAUUGGAGGAGGUUAUCAGGCUUAUCUGUUCUAUCGUCCGUCGACGAACGCCCGUCCCCGUCCGCGGCCAACGGCCAGGGCCCCGCCAUCACCGAGGAGAUCAGCGAGAUCAAGCGGUACGAGGACUUCACCACCAUCGACUGGGUCCAGGAUGCGAUUCACGAACAGGCGCGACGCCGCGCUAAACGACGAGACGGCUUUGGGUUCUGGGAUCAGGAAGGCACCUUUGGCUGGCGACGCAAGGUGCGCGAAUCUUACAACGCUGGACAAGCUUGGGUCGUGAUUACAAUCGUCGGCGCGGUGAUCGGGCUGAUCUCGGCUUUGCUGAAUAUCAUUACGGAAUGGCUGUCCGAUAUCAAAUUGGGCCAUUGCACGACCGCGUUCUACCUCAAUGAGCAAUUUUGUUGUUGGGGUGCGGAGGGAAGUUGUCCCGAAUGGAAGCCCUGGACGUCCUACUCGUUCGUGAACUACAUCAUAUAUGUCUUCUAUGCGGUCCUGUUCGCCUUCGUCGCCGCAAGCCUCGUGAAGUCGUUCGCUCCAUACGCCGCAGGAUCCGGAAUCUCCGAAAUCAAAUGUAUCAUCGCAGGAUUCGUCAUGAAAGGCUUUUUGGGGGGAUGGACACUGUUGAUCAAGUCAAUUGCACUUCCGUUGGCUAUCGCAUCCGGCCUAUCGGUGGGUAAGGAAGGGCCCAGUGUUCACUUCGCUGUAUGUGCCGGAAAUGUGAUCUCGCGCUUCUUCGAGAAGUACAAACGGAAUGCCUCGAAGACGAGGGAGGUGUUGACGGCGACUGCUGCAGCGGGCGUAGCAGUCGCAUUUGGCAGUCCGAUUGGCGGCGUGCUCUUUUCUCUCGAGGAGGUAGCGAAUUAUUUCCCACUUAAGACCCUCUGGCGCAGUUACUUCUGUGCGCUAGUCGCGACCGGGGUGCUGGCGAUGAUGAACCCCUUCCGAACUGGGCAGCUGGUUAUGUUCCAGGUGCACUAUGACCGAACCUGGCACUUCUUCGAAUUGAUCUUCUUCAUCUUUAUCGGCGCCUUCGGUGGUUUGUAUGGGGCACUCGUGAUCAAAUGGAACCUCCGGGUUCAGGGGUUUAGAAAAAAGUAUCUGUCGCAGCAUGCCGUAAUGGAAUCGGUCAUUCUGGCAGGCUUGACGGCAGUUCUGUGCUACCCGAAUAUGUUCUUGAGGAUCAACAUGACGGAGAUGAUGGAAAUCUUGUUCCGCGAGUGCGAAGGUGGCCAUGACUAUAAUGGACUCUGCGAGGCCAAAAACCGGUGGACCAUGGUCGGGUCUCUAGCUGUGGCUACCAUUCUCCGUAUCUUUCUGGUCAUCAUCUCUUAUGGCUGCAAAGUGCCCGCGGGUAUCUUUGUGCCGUCGAUGGCCAUCGGCGCGUCAUUUGGCCGCUUUGUCGGAAUUCUGGUGCAAGCCCUGCACGAAGCGUAUCCCAAAUCUCAAUUUUUCGCUUCCUGCGAACCUGACAUUCCCUGCAUCACACCGGGUACAUAUGCGUUCUUAGGAGCUGGAGCAGCCCUGAGUGGUAUCAUGCAUUUGACGAUCUCGGUAACAGUCAUCAUGUUCGAAUUGACAGGCGCUCUGAAUUAUAUCCUCCCAACAAUGAUUGUGGUUGGUGUCACCAAAGCCGUCGGCGAUUGUUUCGGAAAUGGUGGUAUCGCCGACCGCAUGAUCUGGGCCAAUGGCUUCCCCUUCCUCGACACCAAGGAAGACCAUGUCUUCAAUGUGCCUGUCUCCCAAGUCAUGACGGGGGACCCGGUCUCCCUCCCUGCAGCUGGAUUUCCCGUGCGUGAAGCCGAGCAUCUCUUGAACGACAACAAGUUCCAGGGCUUUCCCAUCGUUGAAAACCGCACGAACAAGACCCUUGUAGGUUAUAUUGGGCGCACGGAGUUGCGCUACGCGAUCGACCGUGCCAAAACCGAGGGCUUGCUAUCUCCCAGCGCAACGUGUGUGUUCACCAAGGAAGCCGCCGAAGCCUCCAUUGCUCGCAGAGCGUCUGCGUCUGCGUCUGCGUCUGCGUCUGCUUCGCGGCACCUAGCCCCCGAAACAUUCGACAACAUCCACACCAACGCAGGCGCCAGCGUCGUGGACCUCAGCAGAUACGCUGACCAUACCCCGCUGACUGUCCAUCCCCGGCUCCCGCUUGAGACCGUGAUGGAGAUCUUCAAGAAGAUGGGGCCCCGAGUCAUUGUGGUGGAACACCGCGGCCGCCUCAUGGGCCUAGUCACCGUCAAGGACUGCCUCAAGUACCAGUUCAAGGUCGAGGCCGAAGAACAGGCCCUGGCAGCAACCAGCCCCCCGCAGCUUUCCCUCGGCGGAGGCUCCUUGAACUCCCGCACGAGCGACACGCUGGAGGAACGGCUGUGGAACUGGAUGCAGCAGGUCGGGUCAUUGUUCUCCUGGCGACGAGCCUCGCGAGUACGUCUGGGGACCCGCAGACCGGAACCCAGACCAUCGGCUGUGUCUCGAAGCGGUGGUCAUGAAGGUGCAGCGUUGUCUUCGUCUUACCCGCACGAUCCGCAGGAUGAGCGGGAUACCAUGAUGGAAUUAGAAGAUAGAUGAGAUUGGUGUUACAUAGAC